UGGUCCCCGCCUUGCAGAUUUUGCGGGGGCCUCACCGACUGGUCCACUACGAUAAGAUCUCCAACAGAACUUUUUUUUUUAGCCAACUUUGACCUUGUUUGCCUCAAGACCUUCAAUCCGGGUAUCUGCCAUUACAACCACAACCUGCGCAUUAUCACUCCAAGCUUGCCAUAUCGAGUCGCGAUCACUUAACCCAUAUGACUGUGCGCUCAUCCGAUAACCACCAGAGAUCUCGCCUAGAUCCAACCUGGUCAAAACCUCGAAUCGAGAGCCCGCCCCCCACAUUGACCUCAUAUCGUCCACGACGGUAGUCAAGGACUUACCAUGGCCUCCGACGAGAUUGUCUGGCAGAUUAUAAACCAGCAGUUCUGUGCCUUUAAACUUAAGACAACUAAGGGCAACACAUUCUGUCGCAAUGAGUACAAUGUGACAGGCCUCUGCAAUCGGCAGAGUUGUCCUCUCGCCAAUUCUAGAUACGCCAGUGUGAGGGCUGACUCCAAAGGCCGAAUUUACCUAUACAAGAAGACCAUCGAGAGGCAGCACUUGCCAUCGAAGCUAUGGGAAAAACGCCUAUUGAGCCAGAACUAUGCGCAGGCGCUAUCCCAGAUUGAUGAGCAAUUGAUUUACUGGCCCAAGUUUCUUCUGCACAAAUGCAAACAGCGACUCACUCGGCUGACUCAAGUCGGGAUCCGGAUGCGCAGAAUAGCCAAAGAGGAGGCUCGUCUAGGUGAAAAACUUGUCCCCAAGCUCGCGCCCAAGAUCAGGCGGCGCGAACAGACGAGAGAGCGGAAGGCUGAAGCAGCAGCCAAGCUGGAGCGGACUAUCGAGCGAGAACUCAUUCAGCGCCUAAGAGAGGGAGCAUAUGGUGAUCAACCACUGAAUGUCAGCGAGAAUAUCUGGAAGAAGGUACUCAACUCUCUCGAACGCGAGGGCGAAGGUACCCGAGACGAGGACAUGGACAAGGGUGUUGAGGAAGACGAGGAAGACGAGGAGGUCGAGUACGAGAACGAACUUGAGGAUGGUGCAGUCGAGUACGUCAGCGAUUUCGAUGAGAGCGAGGACGACCUGGGUGACAUCGAGGAUUGGCUGGGGAGCGAGGGCGAUUCCGAACAGGACGGAGAUUCCGAGAGUGACGACAGCGAGGAAGAUGAUGCGACGGCGAAGACAACAGAAGUUGGUGAUAAGAGGAAGAGAGGCCGCGUGGUUCGCAAGCCAGCCAAAAAGGUGGCUAGACGAGGACGGGAGAUUGAAGACGAGAUUGAGUAUGCGCCGCGCACUCAAGACAUCGCAUUCUAGGCCAGACGAUGGCUUCCGUACCUCAUUUGUAUUUUUUUCGUUAUGCAUAUUCUGUGUCCAGAGAUACCUCCAUCGAUGCGAAGAAUGUUGUCUCCGAAGAUUGCAUGUUACCUUUCUGCUUUAGGUGGGCAGUCGUCAGGAAUAGAUUGAUGCGCUAAAACUGUCGUUACUAAAGUAACCCCACACUAUCUUACGCUAGAGCAUUGAAUU